AUGGCAACCAACUUCGACAUUUCACCCGAAAAAGCGAAUGAUUUCUCGCAAUUCCUCUAUCGCCAAUUUUUCACAACUCCAUCACCUGUUUCGCCUGAGACAGUCAACCUCACAGGACAAACAGCUAUUGUUACAGGAUCUAACGGGGGCAUUGGGCUAGAAGUCUGCAAACAAUUACUAGGGCUAGGAUUAUCGAAACUCAUCAUCGCUGUGCGGGAUGAAUCCAAGGGCGAUGCCGCGGCUGCUAGUCUCUCUGUCAUCUCGGGAGAAUCUGUUAUAGAAGUAUGGCCUCUCGAUAUGCUGUCUUACGACUCAAUCAUCGCCCUCACCGAGCGAGCAAGCACACUUAAACGUCUAGACAUCGUGAUCCUGAAUGCGGCUAUUACUAGGCUCUACUUCCAGCUCAACCCAUCCACGGGUCACGAGGAGAAUAUUCAAGUCAAAUUAUCUCUCGACCGUCGUAUAGUCAUAGUAUCCACAGACGCAGCCGGCUGGGGAACCUUUCCAGAACGAAACUCGGAUCCUUUACUUCCUGCUUUCGACGAAAAGGAACCUACGGAUAUGUUGGACCGGUACUACACUUCCAAGCUCCUCCAACAUUUUUUUCUACGAGAAGUAGUAAAACACGUGCCAUCCUCCACCGCUACAAUUAUUUUAACUUCGCCCGGCCUUGUGUACGGCACAGAGGCUUUGAGAGAUGGCAAACGUAAUUUGAAAGGAUUAUUCGAUCAAAUUGGAAGUCGCCUCAUUGUUUACUCGCCGGAAGUUGGAGCUAGACAGAUUAUAGACGCUGCAACGAGGAACAGUGCUGAUAUCCAUGGACAAUUCCUCUGUUCCCAGAAGCUGACGCCUCUCGCACCUAUCAUCUACACUACGGAGGGCAAGAAUAUAUCUGCAAGGCUGUGGCUCGAAACCUUGGAGCAGUUGUCUUUUGCUGAGUUGCAGGAAAUCUUGAAGGGUAUCAUGCUAUGA